AGAGAGAAAAGGUGGAACACGGGGGUUGCCAACGGCCGGUAGGGCGCGAGGGGGUGGCGCGCGAGAGAAAACCGCUAGCGUGUACCGCAGUACGGGAUAGUGAGCUGCGAGCUGGUCUUCCUCUCUCGCGCCGCGAAAAAGCUACCACUGUCCUCUGAGACAAUACCACCGUUUGGCUGUUCGAUUCCGCCAUUCUAUAUCUUAUGAGGGCAGAUUGUUUACGAGGGUGCUCGAUUUCCCGUCGCCGUUCCAGUUGAGGACAUAAUGUGUGUGAGAAAGCAGCGAUAAUUGCGGCAUUCGCAUCACACACACGCACACACACACACACGCACGCGGGAUUGUUCGCGAGGCUAUUCAGGCAUCUCUUCGGGGUGUGAUUCGAGUCCAGUACCAGUUUUUGUACCAGUUGUCGCGACGCUCUCGUCGAAUGUCAAGGACGAUGCGGCAUUUCGUUGUACGGCAAGGCACACGUUAGAUCCCACAUUGGUGACGCUCACUUGUCAGUGAAUCGAAGGGACAACCAGAAACUCGGAGGUAUUGUGAGUGCGUGCAGAUCGCAACGUCAAAGACACUUUGUGUCCUUUCCCUCGAAAGCCACAUCCUAGGAUCAAUGGUGCGAAGCGUACCACUCAUCGUCGCGUCUCGAUCUCAUUGAAAGCCCAACAAUGCAGGCACCUGUUCUCGAGUGCGGCGAAUCGGAGGAUGACGAGGUGGAUAACGAUCCUCCCUUAACUGCUACUAGGAGUGACAGUGGAACGGUAUCCUCGUGAGACGCUGCCACCUGCGGCGGAUGCACCACGGCUUAUUGGUAUCCAAACGAGGACUUGAAGUUUCGAUACCCUUAUCAUUGAUGAAUAUUUAAGGAAUAUCUUUGCUACGCGAAUAAUUGAACGCUGGUGUGUGAAGAAGGAUUUUGAGAUGCGUUUUCAAAACGUAAAGAGCUGCUACGAAAUCGAGACAUUGCAAAAAAUAACAUUUAAAUGAUUGAACGCGUUCUUGUUGUUGACGAAAAGCGGAUCUCAAGAAGACAAAUGGUUUCGCCGUAUUUUUAAACGAGAUGUGUGUCACAACGUGAAAAAUCACAUCCUGUUUUUACAUGACCCAAAGAUCUUGUUGUCUACAUAAGAAAACAGCUGUUCGCUGUUGUUCGCCGCGUACUGAACUGACAUUUUAAGAGGCUAAACGGUGAAUAAUCUCACGAACGUGGAACUUUAUUGUUAUCUGAUAAAAUAUUUUGAGAAACCGGUGUAGUUGCGGAUCGAUAAAAUCCGAAGCGUAAUCUAAAUUAUUCCAAUAAAUACAAUCUAAAUUUCAGACGUACAGGCAUAAGCAGGAGUUUGUUAAGUGAGACAUUAAGUUAGACGAAACUGAUGUAAUCUCAUUGAGAUGUUAUUGAGCUCGCGUAACUUGCAAAGGAGCGCGUUCUCCUCGUUAUAGUUGUUGUAUCUAUUGACCGUGACCUUCGAUCACCAUGUGACGUCAUUCAGGUCAGACGGAAACGGUGUCGCGUAAACGAUGUGUCUCCAGAUGCUUUUGUGACCGUCGUUGUGGCGACAGUGGCUGCAGUCAAUCAGAGUGUUGUGCAUAUUCGCCAUGACAUUAUUUCAUAAUUUCGAGAACUGAGAUUCUAGCGAGACUCUCGUGACAUAAUACAUGCAUUUUUCGGACAGUGAGACGAAUAAAAUGGUAAAAGGGGAGUUAAAAAUGAACGGUGUGUUAUCUCGUUUUGGUACUUCAAUACUUUUCUAUACGGUUCAGCUCUUGCGUGCGUGACUACCGUCGUUAAUAAUUCAUACGAGUAGUUUGUAACGCAUAAAAAAAAACGUAAAGUAAUACAGGUUUAAAAUAAACGUCGCUUUACUUUGAUAAAAAGUGACCGCGCAAAUGGAGUACCAGAAAACUCCUUUAACUUUCGCUCACAAGAGAUAAAAGGUGUGACACUCAACAUCUUGCAAAAUGCUUGAACGUAAGUGCAUUUUCAGUUUCGCGUGCGAGAGAGAAGUGUAAAUCAAUACAGAACAAGGGACUUGUCGAAUACACUUUUCCAUAGUUGCGCAAGAUGCGUUAAUAUUUUACGCUGUAUUGUUAUUUGCGAUCAGUCAUUACUGUUACCUUACGACAAUAGUUUUCAACGUGAGUGUCACUUGAUGUUAAAAGUAGUGGUGCAAAAAGAGCAAGCUUCAUGAAACUUCUCAUUCUCGUCUCAAAGUUUGACAACGGUUGGGCAAAAACAGAACCUCAAGUUACUCCUACGCUCGAUCGUUAUUAUCUGAACUACGCUUUUUGAUGCAUUUUCGGUGAUCAAGACUAGCCGACGCAAAUUGUUAUCCACAUAGUCGACAAAAAGAAAAUUAAUAUCGUCGAUAGUAUUUAUUACAUUAAAACGUUAGCCACGUGAGAUUUAUUAAAGCUCGUUGGAAGUUAGAAUUUUGAGAAACUGCUUUUAAGAAGUAAAUGUUUCUUGUGAACACUUUAUUGUGAGAAUCAGUAAUUAGCACGGCGAAAUUAAUGCUCAGAGUUACGAAAUUUUUCAGAAUUUUUAUGAAUGUUGUUAUUGAUUAAGAGCUUAUUAGUUGAAAUAAUAUCAACUAUAGCGGUGCGUGCAAUAGCUUGCAAUACUCAUAACAAGGCAGGAAAUACUUUAGUUAUGUGAAACUACCUCGCAAAAUUACUGCAUCUGCAAGUCUUCCAUCUUACUUGGAGAAAAAGAGCAAUUGAGCAGCAGACUAAUACAAAUUUACUCGGUGGAUCGAGCACAAGAUCGGAAUUAUUCAGGUCGCUUGAGAGUCUCUUUCAUCACGAAUAGGUCUCAAAAGAUUACCUUCGCUGCUCCCUCAUCGACUUACUUCUGCCAAGUAUUUGUAGUUGCUCCUCUAGAAGAAAGACAAUACUUCGUGGCUAGAACGUAAUCAACUUUUACAAAUAGCGAAACAACUUUAAGUAGACAUCUGUACUUUCUUCACAAUUUCAUUGCCUGCUACGUAUCAAGAAAGCAGCUUAAUGUUCUAGAUGAAUUUUUCUUUGAAGCCUUCUGAGAAAACUGGAAACGGAAAGGCUUUGCUAAUUUCUCGCAACGUUGGAGUACGAAUUUCAGAUUUGUGUCGACAUUUCUCUUUAAACUUGAUAAUUUAAAGGAACAAUGAGUGCACAAAAUGCACUUAUACUGAAACUAUACUCGUGCAAGAUUAAUGAACACGAUUACUCAGAAUAUGAAUACAGAAAUGCUAUAAAAUUAUGCAUUUACGAUGUAGCCUCGCGAAAUGAAGCAACAACGUUACAAUAACCAUAGACAAAACGAAUAAAUUUUAAAUCAUUUAUAAUAAGCCAAUUGAGCAAUACACGUUAGUGCAGAUUAUUUUCUCAAGAUGUACGUUCGGGAUUCGUCAAUUCUUUCUCCCCGUUAUCGGUCAGUUUUCUUGGGAUUGUUUCAUCCAAUGUUUUCGACCAAUUGUAACCACUCUGCUAAAUGAUUGGAGAAGAUUUACGGCGAUGUGGUCGAAGGAACGAUGUGGCCGGACGUCGCCGGUAGAUCUCACACGUCCUGCGAUCAUUUCAAAGUGACGCUGCCGGCAGCGAAGAAGAAGAAGAGUGAGAAGGAGAACGAGAACGAGUCAGAAUGCUGUAAGAUCUUCGCCCUGUUUCAUCAUCGUAAGCCUCGGGACCCGCUCCGUAGUUCCAGCGCAGCCUCGUCGGUGCCCCUGCUCGAUAUGGGCGGCAGAGCAUGGGACUACGAGGCCUUGCCGGAACUCCACACCUCGACAGCGGUCACGCCAACCUCGACGCCACCGAACGCAUCGCAGCAGAAAACGCCUAGAGUGUACUUUCAAGCAGAGAAUCUGGCGUCCACUAGGCGAAGGAGCAGCAAUAGACUGCUAACACCGCAGCAGUCUUGCAGGAGACGCAGUCGGAGUAUGAGUGCCUGGAGCGACCUGUCUAGGUCGUCUUUCAGGUUGGAUGAAAGAGUUCGUGUCGAGUAUUAUGUGAACGAAAACACAUUCAAGGAACGACUGCAAUUGUACUUCAUCAAGAAUCAACGUUCAAGCUUAAGGAUACGACUUGCCAAUCUGUUCUUCAAGCUCUUAACAUGCUUCCUGUAUAUAUUCAGGGUUAUUACCGACAACGAUCCAACGUUUGCAGCAUGUUACGGUUGCACAGCCGGCAACAAGACCGAGUUUCUGGUGUCGCAGAACUUGACGGAGGAGGAGUUCCAGGAGCACCCGACCAUCAAUUGGGAUGCGAUCCUGUGGGUCAGAAGACCCUUAGAGCUGUGGGUUGUCCAAGUCAUCUUGGCUAUGGUGUCGUUAACUGAGGCUUUGCUGCUUGCCUACCUCGGUUACAAGGGAAAUGUCUGGCAGCAGCUUCUGUCCUUCCAUUUCAUCCUGGAACUGGUCAACACGAUCCCGUUCACAAUCACGUUAUUAUACCCACCCAUGAGAAAUCUGUUCAUUCCGGUGUUCCUAAAUUGUUGGUUGGCAAAGCACUCCUUGGAAAAUAUGUUCAACGACCUGCACCGGGCAAUGCAGAAAUCCCAAUCGGCAUUAAGUCAACAACUGAUGAUCCUUAGUGCUACGUUACUGUGCCUUGUCUUUACUAGCGUAUGCGGGAUCCAGCACUUCCAGAGAGCGGGGCACAGGCAUUUGAAUCUAUUUCAAAGUACAUACUACGUUGUAGUAACAUUCUCCACGGUGGGCUACGGGGAUUUCGUGCCAGACAUUUGGCCUUCGCAACUUUACAUGGUCAUUAUGAUCUGCGUGGCUCUUAUAGUGUUACCAACACAGUUUGAACAGUUAGCUUUCACAUGGAUGGAGCGACAGAAGCUGGGCGGCUCGUAUUCGUCGCACAGAGCGCAAAGCGAGAAGCACGUGGUAGUUUGCAGUACGACACUGCAAGCCGACACCAUUAUGGACUUUCUAAAUGAGUUUUACGCCCAUCCCUUGCUGCAGGAUUAUUACGUGGUGCUUUUGUCACCGAUGGAACUCGAUACUACCAUGCGGAUGAUUCUGCAAGUGCCGAUCUGGGCGCAAAGGGUGAUCUACAUACAGGGCUCAUGCUUGAAGGAUGGCGAUCUCGCAAGGGCCAGGAUGAACGAGGCGGAAGCUUGUUUCGUGUUGGCAGCGAGAAAUUAUGCUGACAAAACCGCUGCCGACGAACACACGAUACUCAGAUCGUGGGCGGUGAAAGAUUUCGCACCCAACGUUCCUCAAUAUGUUCAAAUCUUCCGUCCGGAAAACAAGCUCCACGUGAAGUUCGCGGAGCACGUGGUGUGCGAGGAUGAAUUUAAAUACGCCCUUCUGGCAAACAAUUGCACGUGUCCCGGCGCAUCGACAUUGGUUACCCUGUUGCUGCACACAUCUAGAGGACAAGAAGGUCAACAGUCGCAGGAAGAAUGGCACAGACUAUAUGGUAAAUGUUCUGGCAACGAGAUUUAUCACAUAAUUCUCGGCGACUCCCGCUUUUUCGGGGAGUACGAGGGAAAAUCCUUCACCUACGCGUCCUUCCACAGCCACCGGAAAUAUGGGGUUGCGCUUGUCGCAGUCAGACCAGCGGAACUUCCGGAAUUUUACGAGGAUACUAUCCUGUUGAAUCCUGGACCUCGACAUAUAAUGAAGAAGACCGACACUUGCUACUACAUGAGCAUCACCAAGGAGGAGAAUUCCGCAUUUGUGGUCGCGAACAAUCAAGGCGGCGUCGGCGAGGGCACGCAGGUGAUCGUCGAGACGAAGACGGACGCGAAUAACGGGUCGGCAACGAACACCCCGACGACCAACACUAUAACGGCGACCAUGAAUUCCACGGGGGCAACGUCGGCGACGACGACGACGACUACGACGACGACGAUAUCGACCAGCUGCACCGGUGGCGGCGACGGGAACGGUACAGCAAUCAGCAAUGGUGCCGACGCGCACCAACGAUUUUCCAACAGUUGUAACAUUGCGCUGAGCGAAACACUCUGCAGACAGGAGACCUGCACGGGGCCCCGUGCACAGGACCAAUUGGAUGGUUCCCAAGGUCACAGGGCCCCGUUGCUACCGCAGGUUAUUUUGCAGGUCCUCCCUAGCACGCCCAUACCAACCCAACACUACAACUUACUCGCAUCCAAUGUCCACCCGACUUACCUCGAUCCCGGCGGAUUUGGGGAUUCGAGGCAAUGCUUAAAAGAGGGAGGAUCAACACCACAAACACCAAUCACGGGAAAUCAUCUUGACGUACCACGAUCUCUCGAUCCGAAUCCCAAUCUGCUUAGUCCAGAAAUUCUAAUGCAAAGGAGAGGGAGCAGAAGACCAAGUAUUCUACCAGUACCAGAUAUGCUAACGGGUUCGACGUUACAUUUGCCUGGUCAAGAAUCUUUGGAUCACGAAGCUGACGAAUCGGAGGAUGAAAUGGACGACGAUGUCCCUUGGAGAUCGCCAAGCGAGAAAAUCGCCCGUCUUGCUGCACGACUUCCGUCCAGCAGUUUCAAAGGGAUUGUCAAGGGAUUUCCACCAGUUUCGCCCUUCAUUGGAGUUUCGCCAACCUUGUGCUAUCUUCUCAAGGAGAAAAAGCCUCUGUGUUGUCUUCAGCUGGCUCAGGUGUGCCAACAUUGCAGCUAUAGAAAUGCCAAAGAGUACAAUUGGCAGAACAAGACCAUUAUACUAGCAGCGGAUUACGCUAGCAAUGGAAUUUAUAACUUUAUUAUACCGUUGAGGGCACAUUUUAGGUCGAAAACAUCAUUGAAUCCGAUUAUCCUUUUGCUGGAGAGAAAACCGGAAAUCGCGUUUCUCGACGCAGUGUCCUACUUUCCGUUGGUUUACUGGAUGCGUGGUUCUAUCGACUGCUUAGACGACCUUCUCCGGGCUGGUAUCACUUUAGCAGAAAACGUCGUAGUCGUAAACAAAGAACUCAACAAUUCCGCUGAGGAGGACACCUUGGCUGAUUGCAAUACAAUUGUUGCGGUGCAGACUAUGUUUAAGUUCUUCCCAAGCAUAAAGAGUAUAACAGAGUUGUCCCAGUCGAGCAAUAUGCGUUUCAUGCAGUUUCGGGCACACGACAAGUACGCUUUGCAUCUCAGCAAAAUGGAAAAGGUACUCCUCAGUGCUACUACCGAUGACAACUACUCCGAUGAGCCUCCGAUGGGCUCCCCGAGAGAAAAGGAAAGAGGAUCUCACAUAUCGUACAUGUUUCGAUUGCCGUUCGCCGCCGGUAGUGUCUUCAGCGCCUCGAUGUUAGAUACUUUACUUUACCAAGCGUUCGUCAAAGAUUACGUGAUAACAUUCGUAAGACUGUUACUGGGAGUAGAUCAAGCGCCAGGAUCUGGAUUUCUCACGUCGAUGCGUAUAACUAAGGAUGACAUGUGGAUAAGAACGUAUGGCAGAUUGUAUCAGAAACUUUGCUCGACCACCUGCGAAAUUCCAAUUGGAAUAUACAGGACGCAGGAUACCACCGUGUCCGACUCCUCGCAUGACGACUCAGACGCGGAAAGCGACGCCGGCGUCGGGGUGACGUACAAGGUGCGUCAUUCGGCGGCAGCUUCGUGCCUUGCGAAUUGCGCCACCCGCGACAAGGGUGCAUCUGCUUACUCGGUGAGCCUUGGCGACGAGGCGCGCGACAACCACGCGCAGCAGAUCGAACGAGCGGAAAUUGCGAACCUGGUGCGCUCGCGGAUGGAAUCGUUGAAUCUGCCGGUCGCCGAUUACGACGACGUGUCGGAGAAGCGCAACAGCCUAUCCUACGUGAUUAUCAAUCCGAGCUGCGAUCUGAAGCUCGAGGAAGGUGACAUCGUCUAUUUGGUGCGGCCCAGCCCGUUCUCCGCGCAGAAGACCUUCGAGCGGCACAACUCCCGGCGCAAGAGCAACAUCAGCUUCUGCUCGGCGCAACUGGUGUCCCAGAUGAGUGCGGCGGUCGCGGCCGCGGGUCUACAAACCGGCUCGGGUAGUCGGCGCGGCUCCACCAUAGGUUUGGCCAGACCGCCACCCUUGGGUACGACCAAGUCGAAUUCACUGUCUCUACCCGACAGUCCUACCGUGGCCGGUACCCUGCGCGGUCGCUCCAACUCAUUAAGGGUGGUCGAUGAUAUUCUGCUGCGACGCAGUAAUUCCCUCAGGCAGGGCCUGACGAUGACUACAAGGCGAAAGAGUAGCCUGGAGGACAUCGGUCUGGGUGCGCUUUCACAUCCCUCCAACCACAACCCGAUCAAGAUCGCCUUGAACGGCUCGAUCGGCCUGGAGGUGACGCCGCCGGAGGAGGGCUCGCAGGCUGGUGGCGGUGCUAGCAAUACCGGUAUUCUCGACGUGGGUCUGCCCUCCAUGCCGGAACUCAACGCGGCCUUGGGACCCAGCCUCGGCGCGGGCCUCGGCGGCUCCUUGGGUGGUCUCUACGAUCCGCCCUCCCUUCAGUGUCCGAUGGGCUCGCCCUGCCAAUCGCCGCAGAUGCAGGGACCCACGCAGGAUCCGCAGCACAUACAGGGAACAAUAGUAUGAUAUAACCUAAUGUGGGGACGCAGGCUCUCCGGCGUGGCACGAAAUAAGUGGCUGUAGCGUUCCCACAUGGCAUUUAGGGCUGGACGACGUCAAGAAUGACGUCCUUACGGUCAUAACGGAUCGAUGAAGGAUACUCGAGCGGCGUAUUUCGUGGGACUGAUGGAUGAGACGGCUGGAGAGCAAGGUGUUUCGAUGAAAUUAACCAUGUUGGACUGAUAGCUAUUGCAACCUGUCACGGGAUAUUUUGCAAUAGUUGAAAUAAGUUGGGAUGAGAUUACUUCAACAAGUUUCACUUAGUUCUGAAUUAGAAUUGAUUUCUUUACUAUAUCCCUCUUAUAGCUCUUCUAGUUUACAAGUGUAAAUACGUAAAUUGAAAAAUCUUUAUUGCAAGUAAAUAAUUUAAUGCAAUUAUUCAUGCAAUAUUCGUCGAUAUUGAUAUUCAAAUACUUUAAAUUAAUUAGCGAUCGUGGAUGUUUACGAAAAUUAAUUUUUAUAAAACGGCGAUUGGAAUUAAGCGCUUCUUUAUCUUGUAUUGAUAUUGUUGAAUUACUCGCACUCUCCAAUUUAUGAUAACACUUUCUUUUUUUGCUUCAAGACGGCGUGAUUUAUGACAAUUCGUGGACCUAAAUGCAGGUAUAUCAAAUCGUAACUGUGAUACGUCAGUUCCAUUGAUCCUCUGAAGAGUAUGCUUUCUAUUUGCGAAAGAUCUCGUUGGAGAUUUCAAUGCUAGCACGAUUGUUAAUGAAGAGUCGCAUUGAAAACCAAUAAUCAUUAUUUUGUUACUAGAAUGUAACCAUGUUACGAGCUUCAGAUUUGGAUGUACCUUACUUUUAUAAUUCAUACCAAUAGUAGUUAUAUUUUUAAAACGUUUUGCUCUCUAGGUCGCCUCUAGAGUACCGAUAUCCGUGAUUAUGACUUCAUUCAUUGGGCAGUGAAUCGUAUAAAAUUAGUGCAAAGUGGCACUUAAAAAGAGUGCUUUGCAACUGACAAGCAUAUACACUGAAUCACCUACUGAAUGUUGCCACAGGAAUUACUGCGACUUAAUAUCAUGUUUUAUUUGUGGAGUCAGUUUGGAAUCUACAAAAUGUUUAAUUAACAUUGGAAAUUGCAGAUCUUGUUUAUUUUUUACAGUUUUCCUUCGACGAUGGAAAGAAACUAAAUUAAUUCACCAAAUAAUCUUUUACAUUAUUUAAUGUAUAAUUACAAUUAUUUACAAUUAAUAAUUUGCAAACUGAAAUCGUGAUUCAUAAUAAAUGCUUGCCCGUUGUAUAUUUCAUAUAUUCUCGAGAUAUGAAACGAAAAUACAACAGGAAUGUUCUAUAACGUACUCCUCGAUUCUUAUCUAGCGUUACGCUCAGCGGUCGAGCGUGAAUAAUUUUAUAAUAGAGAGAAAAGUUACGGCGAGAAAGAGUCUAUUAUAUAUAUAUUAUAGAGAUACGAUGUACGACCAUUUUAUUCAUAUCACGUGAGAGUGCCGCUCGCGCGGAAAUCAUCGUUAUAUCCUCCGUAAAUAGGCGGAAGAGUAUUUUAGAAAGAUUUAAGUGCUUAGAACACGCGCGUAUAUUAUCAUGACUUUUCGCGUGAUUAAUAAAUCGUCAGUGGAUUUUAAUGUCGAGUCGCAGGACGAUUGUCGACCUUCGUGACGACGCCGAGAUUUACGGCCGAUAUUUCAAACCAGUAUAGACAAGUACCGUGAAAAUUACGUGACAGACGAGAAUCGAUCGCAAACGAAUCGCACGAAAACUAUAUCGCUAUAUAUUACCUUCUUCUUCUACUUAAUUUACUCUUGUAUUAGUUUCCGUGUUUCGUGGGUAUUGUCCCAAAAGUCAGUUAUCGUUAGCGAGUCAGUAAGAUUGUUCUCGCUUGAUGAUUCAACAAUUCGUUCAAUUACAAUAGUUUGUUGAAUUAGAGCCGUCCUUCGCGACUCGGGACAAGUUGCACCAACUGGAUUAUGUAAUCCAAAGUUAUCUGUCACUGUGGGUGACGUUUUCCUGACUUUUUUUUUCUGAAUUGUCACAUUGUGGUGAUGUUAAUAGGAUUACAAUAAUUUAAAAUAUGUCUCAAAAAUGUUCAAAAGGUAUUUGCGAAAGGUGAAUGACAAAGUGUCGUCUGGGCAAGAUAUAAGUGCACCACAGUUUGCCAGAUUGGUGCAACCGGUCACAUUAGGAUCUAAUCAUUGACGUGACGCCACAAUCGUGACGCUCACAGCCAAAUGCAAUCGUUCGUUGACCAAUUUACACUUUUCUUCGACCAAGUCAUAUUAUCAAGUACCUGCUUCUAUAUUGUUUUUAUUAAGCCUAGUCGAUUCAGUGCUAUUAAAUGCGUGGCCAGAAAUCUAUUCCACGAAACAAUUUUACAACUUUUUAGAUUAUUAUUUUUUAUUUCAUUAAUUUUAUAUAUGUGUGUGUUCUAAUGAAGCGUUAAACGUUAGCAGUGCAAAUAAUAUUUGUAUAAAAUAAUAUAACAAUUUGCGAAUAUUAUUUAACUUCAACUAA